CAAGACAAGACAAAUCAAAGGCUCAGAGGCAAAACAGCCCCCUGAGCUCUGAACGUCUUUCCCUCCCUCUUUCCUUCCCUCCCAUCCACUCGCCCACUCUCCCUCCCUCCCCUGCUCACAGUCCAGCCUCUGUCUAGGGAAGAGGCUCUCAAGCAGCCUUAGAUGAUUAUGGAUUUUCUGAGCGAGAAGUUUGCCCUGAAGAGCCAGCCGAGCAAGAACAGUGACUUUUACAUGGGAGCAGGAGGCACUUUGGAGCACGUUAUGGAAACUUUGGACAAUGAGUCCUUUUAUAGCAAAACGUCAGGCAGCAAAUGCGUGCAGGCCUUCAACCCUCUCCAAAGGGCUGAGCAUCAUGUGAGGCUGGAGAGGACAUCACCCUGUCAGGACAACAACGUGAACUAUGGGAUUACUAAAGUGGAAGGACAGCCCCUUCACACAGAGCUGAACAGGCCCAUGGACAAUUGCAACAAUCUCAGGAUGUCUCCAGUCAAAGGGAUGCAGGAGAAGGGGGAACUGGACGAACUUGGUGAUAAGUGUGACAGUAAUGUCUCCAGCAGCAAGAAGAGGAGACACAGAACAACUUUCACCAGUUUGCAGCUGGAGGAACUGGAGAAAGUGUUCCAGAAAACUCACUACCCUGAUGUCUAUGUAAGAGAACAGCUAGCUCUGAGAACAGAGCUCACUGAGGCCAGAGUCCAGGUUUGGUUCCAGAAUCGAAGAGCAAAAUGGAGGAAAAGAGAACGCUAUGGUCAGAUCCAGCAAGCUAAGAGCCAUUUUGCUGCCACCUAUGAUAUAUCUGUUCUUCCAAGGACUGACAGCUACCCUCAGAGUCACCUGAGCGAUGGACAAGACUGCAUUUAGCAGCUAAAGACCCAGUCUCUUUACCAUAAAGAUGAUCAGAAGUUUGACAAAACUGAAUUCUACUUGAAGUUUAAUCAGCAGUGCUACAUACCAUGGGAGCAUAUCAACGAAGGCAUCUUUUGUUACUGAGAACAGCUGAAAUGAACAAUAUUUCUCACUUCACUUCUUUACUGUCAUAAUAUUUUACACUGUUCAAUAUGUUAAAGGCACUGUGAACUUUACAGUAAGGCCCUGAAGUACAUGAUUUAACAAGUAUGACGAAAACUACGCAUUUAAUACUGAGAUACUUUAGCACAAUAGAAGUAAAUAACUGUUUGCAAAUAAUAAAAUGUGGCAGUAUUUUCAAAAUGACACAGGUGAAUUGAUAUUUUAUUGAUCAAUUUCUAAACAUCAGAGAUAUGUAGUAAUUAGAGUUAAAUCAGGCUGAUCAAAGUUAGAGCUCAUUUAAAACACUUAUACUGCUAAAAUUCAAAUGUUUCCAUGUGGAUCUGUGACAAGGCACUGAUUUUGUCCCCCAGCACUUUCAUACCCAAUUAACAAGUGCCCCACUCAUCUCCAGAAUACACCCUUUUCAUCCCUCUACAUCGUCUUUUUAGAUUUGGCUGGCAUCAGAAUAACAGUAAGACAUCGUGAGUUACCCGAAGCUCAGUACCGAUUUAUUUUAUACCACUUUUGAGUAGCCCAAAUAAAGUGAAAACAUAUCUGGUUUAACUAGAUUUACAGCUGCUUUGUAUUGCCAGUGCAACACAAACCAGCUAUGGUACACUGGUGAAUCAUAAUUUGAAACACUGGUAGUAUAAGUAAACUUAUUAAGUACAUAUCUAGAAUGUAAAAUUGUGGUAGUUGAAAGGACAUGUUGUAUAUUCAAAUUAUGUAAAAUAAGCAGCAGGCUGGGCAAGCACUGAAUACGGGGUAUGGGUAUAAGAGGAGGAGUGUGCAGUGAGUAUGGGGAUAUGAUGACUGGGCAUGGCAAAAUGAUCUUUUGGGAAGAGAGUCAGGGUGCAGUGCUGGAGUAAGGAGUAAACCUAAACUCAAUGCAGCCCCUGAUUCCUGGACCUGAAUCUCACCAGGACUGUAAACAUGAGAUUUAUUUUAUUGUCACCUCUCCUAUCUCUAAUUGCAAGAACAGUAUGGGUUUAAGGGGGGAUACAAAGAACUCAAAAAGUAAGUAUUCAAGAGGCAGGGCUGGUAGGUGUAUGACUCUCACUGUCAAUAAAAAUAUAUUGGGAAAUUAAAGAGUAAUUCUGGAGAGAAGCAUCUCUAGUUAUGGGUUUCAGGUUUUCUUUCUCUGCAUUUUUAAGGCAGCAUGAGGACAGAAUAUUAGAACACAGUGACCGUCAGACAAGCAAGUCUACCAAAUCACUGAACCAUGGCCAUUCUCAUUUGCAUCAUAAACUCAUUAAACCUGGCACAGCUGUGGCAUGCAAACAAAGGAACAUAUCACAACAUUGUCACAUAAGAAGUAUUUGAAAUAUUUGACUGUUUCUGCCAGUUAUUUUUGCUCUAUUUAAAUAACAAUAUAAAAACUAUGUAGUUCCUCUCCAAAUCUGUUUGUUCAAACACAGUCGAUACAUGAGAUGUCACUGAUUUUUCAAUAUAUGAAAAAAUCUCAAAUAGGUUAGUCUUGAAAAUCCAUAAUCUUCUCAAAGAAUAAGGCUUGUGAGGCCUCACAUGCAACACCUCGAAACUUCAAAUUAGCUCAUGCUACCACUUUCAUAACAAUGAUUAUUCCCGUAGGAAUACGCGGUAGACUAGACUAAUAAAUAUAUCAGUGUAUAGACAAUAAUAUUGGUUAAAGUCAAUGAUGCUGUUAACAUGAAAAACAUCAUUUGGCAAUCUGUAGGUUGUAUGAUGCUGUUACAUGAGUGCAUUACCAUGCGCCAGUUCUAACUACAGCAGCUCUCCAUAACCUAACAUCCGGCUGCUUCAUCUCUCAGAAGCUGAGGCAAUGACGGUUUCUGCAUCCUUCAGUUAUGAAAAAUAAUUGAAAUAGGCUCGAUCCUCCCUGCCUUGCACUCCUGUGAGAAAAUCCAUAUGUGUGUACUAACCAUAGUUUAGUAUAGGCCCACUGUCAUUAGAGCUGAGUAAAGUGUUGUGCUAUAAUCCAGUAGUUGCAAAAGAUUAGAUUCUUGACCCCAAAAUUGCUCUGUGAAUGAGCAAUUGGAGAGGGAUGACUAAGAGGGUUAAAGACUUCCUUUUUCUGUUAAAACAAAAAAAUCUGGUUUUUGUUUGUUUGGUUUUAAUCCAGUCUGAUUAUUAUUAAUAAACUGCUUGUAGGUGGAAUAGGGUCCUAGUUCACACUUUCAUAAUGUUUUUGCACUUCUGUGAAAUAAAAGGGUACAGUUAAAAUGAAAGUUUUGUUAAAGUGUUCACUAGGAGAGACAGAAGUAUCUGAACUUCUGUAAGACUGUAUUUACUCAGGUGUAUUUACUCAAACGAUUUUGUCUUAAUCAUUAAAUAUUGAAAACAGCU